UUCUCCCUCCUUCGCAAAAAAAAGAAUCACAAAAAUGCCAACGAACAAGAAGCCAAGAAUCCAUCCCUCUAUAGACUAUAUAUGCCGUCCUCAUUCUUCGCCAAGAAUCGCAACCGUCAUCGUCCUCAUCCAGUGGAAUUGGAUUGAAUCGAAUCGUCCGAAAUCAAUUCGAGGGCAAUGGCCGAGCCGGAGGGGGAGGUGGAGGUGUCGCCGCCGGCGAAGCGCGGUUUCCUGCGCUACAACUCCCCUCUGGCGCAGGUGUCCCUGCUCGGCCUAAUCUGCUUCUGCUGCCCGGGGAUGUUCAACGCGCUCUCCGGCCUCGGCGGCGGCGGCCAGCUCGACCACACCACCGCCGACAACGCCAACACCGCCCUCUACGCCUGCUUCGCCGUCUUCGGCGUCCUCGGCGGGGCCGCGCACAACCUCCUCGGCCCGCGCCGCACCCUCCUGCUCGGGGCCCUCACCUACCCGCUCUACGCCGCCUCCUUCCUCUACUACAACCACCGCCACUCCCAGGCCUUCCCCGUCGCCGCCGGCGCGAUCCUCGGCGCCGGCGCGGGCUUCCUCUGGGCGGCGCAGGGCGCCAUCAUGACGUCCUACCCGCCGCCCAACCGCCGGGGCACCUACAUCUCGCUCUUCUGGUGCCUCUUCAACCUCGGUGGCGUCCUCGGCGGCCUCCUCCCCUUCUCCUUCAACUACCACCGCGGGAACGACGCCGCCAGCGUCAACGAUGGCACCUACAUCGCCUUCAUGGCCUUCAUGCUCCUCGGCGCCGCGCUCACGCUCCUCGUCCUGCCCCCCCGCAGGAUCGUCCGCGACGACGGGACAAAGGCCACCAGGGUCACCUACUCGUCCCCCGCCACCGAGUUCGCUGAGAUCCUCGCCCUCUUCGCCAACUGGAAGAUGCUGCUCGUGCUCCCCGCCGCGUGGGCCAGCAACUUCUUCUACACCUACCAGUUCAACAACGUCAACGGCGUCCUCUUCACGCUCCGCACCAAGGGCCUCAAUAACGUCUUCUACUGGGGCGCGCAGAUGCUCGGCUCUGCCGGCAUCGGCUACUUCCUCGACUUCGGCUUCGCCAGCCGCAGGAAGAGGGGUCUCGUCGGGGUCGCCGCCGUCGCUGUGCUGGGAACCGCCAUCUGGGGAGGAGGACUCGCCAACCAGUUCAGGUACACGGACGGCAAGUGGGAGCACCUCAUCGAUUUCAAGGACGGACGCCGAUAUGCCGGCCCAUUCCUGCUCUACUUCAGCUACGGCCUGCUGGAUGCCAUGUUCCAGAGCCUCAUCUACUGGAUCAUCGGCGCCCUCGCAAACGACUCACAGAUCCUCAGCAGGUACGUUGGAUUCUACAAGGGGGUGCAAAGUGCAGGGGCGGCUGUCGCAUGGCAAGUCGACACACACAAGACGUCCCUGAUAUCCCAGCUGAUUGUGAACUGGGCGCUCAUGACCGUCAGCUACCCCUUACUUGCCCUGCUGGUGUUCUUGGCUGUGAAGGACGAGGACAACUCGGUUUCCUCGGUCGAGGAUGGCAAAGACAGAGACAGUAAGCUCUCUGCACCAACCAGCUUUCACUGAGGAUUGAGAUGCUGCGGCUCCAGUGUGUGUGUGUGUGUGCGCGUUCCUUUCUUCCCCCACACGUUGUAGAAAUCACAGAGAAUUUAGCGUACCUAUGUGGAGUAGCUUAUGGGGGUGACAAUGUUCAUUAAGGAUAGAUACAAUGCGAUUCUUGUCUGUAGCGACUAGCUGAGUUUAUGCAGUUGCAGUAUGGUCGCAUUCCUUGUUUGAACCACUAUGUAAGGAAGAUAAGGUUUCAGAUGCAAUCAAGAAAUGACAUUCGUACA